UUUGAAUGUUUCUCCCAGGAUAGACGAGGUGAUGAUGAUCAGAUGGAUAGAAGCUCAAGCCACAUUUUGGCUGGAAAUUUUGACUCGAGCAUUCCUUUCCGUUAUAUUUAUAGAAUUGGAACAAACUUCGCCAUUCGUACGAAAAAUUCACAUAGAUGAACUAUGGUUGUACAAGAACCCUCCUACUGCUUCCUAUGUUCCAACUACUGUCUUGUGGCCUCUUGUGUUCAUAGUGCCCACAUCAGUAAUGUUCCUGUACUUCUUAGUAAAGCGUGAUAGAACCGAGCUGUGUCAAGGACUUCUUGCACUCUCACUAGCCCUUGGGUUGAAUGGGGUCAUCACUAAUAUCAUCAAACUCAUUGUUGGUCGACCUCGACCAGAUUUCUUUUAUCGUUGCUUUCCGGAAGGACGUGAAGAUCUUGAUGAUGUUACAGACAUAGCUUCAGCAUGUACCGGGGAGGCUGUAGCAAUACAGGAGGGACGCAAGGGGUUUUCCGGGGGACAUUCGUCUUUUUCAUUUUGCAGCUUGGGCUUUUUAAGCCUAUGGAUCUUUGGAAAAUUAAGCGUUUUCAGCAGAAAGCGUGGCCAAGGCUGGAGACUAGUGGUUGGAAUGGCGCCACUUAUUUUGGCUAUGAUGGUUGCUCUUUCACGGACCAGUGAUUAUCACCAUCAUUGGCAAGAUGUAGUGGUAGGAUCACUGUUGGGACUAUUCAUCUCCUACCUCUGUUACCGUCAGUACUACCCUCGUCUGACUUCACCAUACUGCCAUCUUCCUUACCUUAUGGUAUCUACUGUCCUUCAACCAAAGCUUGCCAAAGAUACCUCAGGUGGAGAGGUGCCAAACUUUCUUGAUCCAGAAUCUCCAAUGGAAGAGCAAAUCAAGUGGAUAUAGUUGGUAAAAUGCAGUACUGUAGUUUCAUAAGAAUUUUGAAGAACAAAAGAAUAUAUUUUUACUGCUAAUUAAAUUGACGAUAAAAAAAUAUUUUUAUUGAAUUGUUGAAUGAUUAAAUUCAGACUAGGAUACUAAUCAAACUUUUUCAGGUGUCAAUUUU